UAAAAAUGAAAUGUGAAGUGUUUAUUGUAGAAGAUAAAUAUUGCGUUUAAGAAUAAUGGUUUUUGCAAAUUGUUACUGUCUUUAAGUCAUAAAGAUAUUUACGAAUCAAUAUUUAGUAUACAUAAUUAUUCAGUGGGUUCGUCAGGUGUUAUUAAAUCCGACUAAAUUGAUCGUUUAAAAGGAAGUAUAAUAAUGACUGCUGAGGAUGACAGUACUUGGUUGAUUGAAUUGGAGUCGGCAAUCCUAGAUGGCUGCACACCUCAAGAGAUCAACGCAAUUACUAAAGGGAAAAAAAUACCAGAAAGCUUGAGGCCCGAUGUCUGGCUCGUUUGUCUCAACUGUCAUGAUAUGGGUAAUCAGUUGCUUAUGUUUGAUGAAAUAUUUGAUUUAGCCAAUCAGAAUGAAUUGAGGGAUAAUGUAAAAAAGUUUGUAAGGAAACUUGAUAAUGAUGACGAUGAAAAACUGUCAGUUAUUUCAGAUAUUGAAUCAAUUCUUACUUUUUAUUGUAAGUCUAGAUCUAUUACUUAUGCUUCUAACAAUGGUUGGAUAGAAAUACUUUACCCUCUCUUAAGUUUGAAAUUGCCGAGAUCAGAUACUUAUAACAUGUUCGAAAGAAUCUUGAAGCUAUAUAUUCCAAAUGGAUGCACAUCAAAUGGAGUACCAUUUCACAUAUUGCGAUUGAUUAUUCAGUAUCAUGAUCCCGAGCUAUGCUCUUUUCUGGAUACCAAGCGCAUAACACCUGAACAAUAUUGCAUGCCAUGGCUAAAAUCUCUUUUUUCUGGUACUUGUAAUCUGGAAGUGGUGCUCUUUAUGUGGGAUUUGUAUUUCCAAAGAUCUGACCCAUUCUUUAUAUUCUUUCUUUGCUUAAUUAUGAUUAUAAAUGCUAGAGAGCAACUUUUGCAAAUGAAGAACGAAGAUAAAGCUACAAUAGUCCAAAUACUGAGUAAAAUGCCGAGUGACCUUGAGGCUAACGAUGUCUCGGACUUUUGUUCAUUAGCACAUUAUUAUUCAUUAAAAACACCAGUAUCGUUUCGAGAAGAUGUUUUAGAAGUGCUAUUCUCUGAAAGUGGACUAGAAAUCAAUUCUAAACUAUAUUCCCAAGCCCUAUGUCUCCCCGUGGCUGUUCAUGAGUUAAUUGAAAGUGCUACCGUAGAUGUGGCUGACGCUGAUGCUGUUAAGUUCUUCUUGGUCGACUGUCGCCCUGCUGAACAAUAUAAUGCUGGACAUUUAUCAACUGCUUUUCACCUCGAUUGCAAUUUAAUGUUACAAGAGCCUAAUGCAUUUACUACAGCUGUUCAAGGAUUACUUAAUUCCCAACGUCAAGCUUUGGCUGCGGGAUCCCUGGCUGCAGGUGAACACUUAUGUUUCGUUAGUUCUGGUAGAACAGAAGAAGACAGCUAUGCUCAUAUGGUAGUUGCUUCUUUCCUAAAGAAAAAUAUAAAACAUGUUUCCAUGCUGGAUGGGGGAUUUGUAGCAAUACAUGAUUAUUUUGGUCCACAUAUGACUGAUUGUUUAGAAGAACACAAUUCAUCUGUUUGCUUGGUUUGUGCACCUAAUAAUAAUAACAACGAUAAUGGUGUUCAACCAUCUGCUAAUAAGGCAAGAGAUAAUAUACCCGCUAUUCAACUAUUUAGCAAGCUUUCAUCCGCUAUGAAAGCAAAGAGCCAAGAAGUUAAAGGGAAGCUAAUUGAAUAUAUAGUGAAUCCAAAUUCGAACGCCAAUAACGGCGAGUGGCACGUGUCGGCAAAUGAUCGUAAGGAGCAGAGAUACCGGAACGUUCCUCCCGUCUUCAGUAUUAAUGACGAAGAUGACGACACACAUUCCGAUUACCGACGCGAUUCGAGCACAGAUGACGUAGACGAAAUAGUCGAACUUCAAACUUUCCUCAAAAGCCAAAAUGUCGUGGAUAACUUCUCGUGUCAAGAAGUUUUAUCAAAUGGCUACAUGUUUGAUUCUUAUCUUGUCAUUACUGAAACACAUUUAGUUAUAUUGCGAGAAAUACCAAAUAAAAAGGGCGUUGUAAAAGUCUUGUCAAGGAGACCACUUUCGACGAUAGUCAAAAUUACCGCCAAAAAGAGGCACCCUGAGUUAAUAACUUUUAAAUACGGCGUACCAGAUGGUGAUAAUUUAUUAAUAAAAGACAUGGAUAGAUUUUUAAUUCCUAAUGCGGCAGUUGCUACGAAAAUUGUCUCCAAUCAAAUAGUAUCUCAAUUGGAUAAUAAAUUACAGUAAUGUUAUGUUUCUCCUCUAAAUUAUCAGUGAUAGGAAUGACUCAUAUAAUUUGAAAUUUAGAGUAAUCUAUGUCAUAGUAUUCCGUUAUCUGUUACCAUUAAACAAUAUGUACUUACUUAGUGAUAGCAACUUUGCGUUCGAAAUACAAAAAUCAACUAUUUCAGCCUAAUAAGUAUCCAUCCAGGCUUAUUAAUCCAUUUGGAAUGUAUAAAAUUAUAUAUAAGUUAUGUUAGUAAUCCUAAUUUAAAAAAAAUGUAAUUAAUUAGUUUAAAUUUUAUAGUACAUUGUGUUAUUAUGUUAGCAUUCAUUAAACAUUAUAAGCAAAAAUAUGUAGAUACGUUAACUGAGCUUUUUUCUCUCGAUCGAUUUAUGAAAUCGAUAUUUUAUUUAUUAUUUAUAAACAACUUUUGCGUCUCUGUUAGAUUUUGUACAUUUUCAAUAUCCAACCAACCAUAUGUCCAGAAAUCACAUGUCUAAGUGUAUAUGUAAUAAUUAUAAUAAAAAUAAAUAUUGCUAAUAGAAAUUACUAAAUAUCAUGUAGUAGAAGUAGUAACCGUUAAUGUCCUACGGUUGAGUAAGGACCUCGUCUUUGAAUAGGGAGAAAUUUUAGAGCUUAAGUCACCAAACUGCUUAACUCCGGGUUGGUUCUUCUUCAUCUAUCACAAAUCACUCGAUGAAUUCGACCGUGUUGUGCUAACAUUUUACAACCCCCUAAAACAAAGUAAUAAAAGUUAUUCAGUUUUAAGAAAAAAAAAAACUAUUAUGAAAUAAAUUAUCUUUAUAUAUAGUUAUAAAAUGUUAUAAGAUUAAAUAAUACGCAUAAUAUUACGUAACACGGUUACGGUAUAAACAAUUGUGCUGUGAAUUGGGCCAUUUUUGCACAACCCGGUCCAAUUAUAAACACAAAUUAACUACAUAGAAUAUCAGUGGGAUUUAAACCCAUGAUUAUCGGCCGGUAGGCACACGUAUUUUUCUUACUGGAACAUCUCGGUCUAUUUUUCGUUGGUCUUAAUUAAUGAUCUCAUAAAAAAAAAUCAUGUACAAUAAUAAUAUUAGUUAGGUCAAACGCGACAAAAAACUUUCUAGUAAAAAGCAGUCAAUAGCCUUAUAAUUUAUUAGCAAAGAUGGAAGCUAGGGACGUGCUAAAUUGACAGCUUCUUUUAUAUAUUUAAACUAGCUAAAAAAAUGUUUUUUCAUAAUUGCAAGGUCAAUGAGCAAAUGGGCCAACCUUCAAAUAAAGAAACAACAAUAUAAAAUGUUUCUGUUUGGCGGUUUAUCUAACUUUACAUCAGGCGGGUGAGACGUACCUAGACGAAAUUACACAGAUCCCUAGUUACUAGUUAAAUAGAUACAAAUACAUAUUAAUUAUUAUUUAACCGAUUAAAUGAAACGCAUAGAUUAUCAUUACGAUACAUAGCUAUUUUAAAUCAGAAUAAUAUUGCAAUUAAAAGUAAAGUAAAUGAUAACAUUUGACUUUUAUAUCACUUAUUAAAUGCAAAGGAAGGUAAAGAUAUGAUAAGAUUGAAAUGAAACGAUUAACAUGUAUGUAUCUUCUGUAGCACGUGAAACUACAUUAUCGAAGUAGCACAACAUUUUAUUGUAAUUAUAUUAUAUUUAAUUUGCUUCCGAUAUUUAGACUUUCCGUUCUAAUUACGUAAUCAAAUAAUGUGACAUAAAAAAUUACACGUGUAUGUAUGUGUGUGUAUGUGUGUUUGUGUUAGUUUGAAAAAUUAAUUUUAAAGUUGUUGUGUAAAAUAUAACCUGUAUAUAUAUUGAAAUUUCUGGUAGUCCCGGAUCUUGGGGUCAUACUUGUGUGUCAGUCCCGGGUUAAAAUAUUCCUAGCGAGUAAUAUUUUUGGUUUUAUUCGGCUUUUAAACAUCUUAGAAUUGCUUCUAAAUUGUCCAAUACUAAGACAUCGCGAAUCGCAUAAAGUGUUUACUAAUAUCGUAAACAUUUAAAUUAUCAAAUAUUUAUUUAGUUACAUUGAUUGGAAUUGUUGGACGCCCAUAGCAAGGUUUUGCCUAGCCCGAGAGUAGAUCCGGGGUUGUUGUCUGGUGUUCAUAGUCAUUAGUCAUAUAAAAAUAUUUAUUCUUAUAAGUUUUAAUUAGGUCUUAAUUCAAAUUAAAUUUGAAUUAAAUUGCAGAUAUUGCAUAUUUGAUAUUUUCAAAUAAUAAAAAAAAAUUCUUAUUAAAAAAAAAACAAUUUAUUGCAUGAUAAGGCUCCGUAUUCAAUAAAAAAAACUGUGAUUAUUGUGAGAUUUGCGAUAUCUUUAUAAUUCAUUGUAUUUAAAUAAUUUAAUUGGAAUCCCAACUACUUAAUUCUAUUAUUAUUUUUUUUUAAUUUUCAAACAUGUGCCUAUUAAAAUUGUAGAUGUUCCUCAACAAGAAAAAAAAAAGACGAACCUUAUAUUUCUUAAUGUAUCUGUCUGAUUUAUGUUUUUAAAUGAGACAUUGAAAAAAUCGGAUCUAUUUUCAAAGAUGGAAUGAUUACGGAACAUUAUCAUGUCGAGAGGAGGAAACAUUCUAAUUGAUAUUUAGUUUUAAUUCAGAAUAUUUGUGUGUAUGUAGAUUUUUUGUGUAUUGUCAAUAGAGGUACAAUAGCAAAUUAUCUUACAAAUGAUGGCGGCAAGCUGAUUAAUAGUUUGUUUUAAUAAAAUAAAUAAUAGCACAAUUUUGGUUCGAUAAUUUUAAAGUUUCUAUAAUUUAUGUUUAUUUCGUUAUUUUGCUAAUCAAAUAUAUUGCACAAUUCUAAAAGUAGUUACACGUUUAAUUUGUUCUUAUGCACUUAUAGACCUAUUAUAAUUAGUAAGUACAUUUGCAUUUAGUUUUUUUUUAUAAAAAACACACAUACCUGCCUAAAAUUUAUAACUCUUUAUAUGUUAUUUAUUUAUUUUUAGAAUAAAAAAAAGUAAAAUUAGCACCGUGUAUUAUUUAAAAAAGAAAAUUAAUUCAAAUCACUUAUUAUAUAAUUAUGAAUUGUAGUUAUUGAAAACCAACAAUAUUGUAUAAUGUAAAUAAAAUGUCCAAAAUUAUCUUCACGCUAAUAAAUUUGCCGUUAAAUGUUAUUCAAUUAUAUCGUUGAGUCAAACACGCAUUCAAAUUAUUAAUUAUAUUGUAAUUUAAUUGUUAUGUAAGGUUUACCCUUAGCUAAUAUUGGUAAAAUCUUUCAGGCAUUAAAACAUAAACCAACCGCUGAAAAUAGCAAUAUUAUUGUUAGUAUCGAUAACAGAAAUAGAGCAAUAUUAUCGGAAACAUAAAUAACAUGGUAGUAUCGGUAGCAUUCUUUAGCAAUCGUAAAAGAAAAAUAUUAUCUACUAACUUAAGCCACAUUAUUAAUAGCCAGUUAUAUUAAAUGAAGAGUAUUAUUUAUAGUUGAUAAGCCCGCAAUGGGAUGUUAAAUUGGAAACUAGUAUUGUCUUGGUUUCUCAGUAAGGGCCGAAACCCAAUAAUGCGACAUGACGUCGAAUUGCAGAAAUUUGCGAACUCUCACAAAGCAAGGCAACGCAACGCAAGAACUUGCGAAUUGAUUCGUAUAAGAUUUAUAUAUGUUAACGUUUGCGGAGAGAGUUGCACGAAAUCGCAGCGAAGUAAUUCGCGUAGCAGGCGCACUGCAAAUUCCCAUAGCGACCACACGCAGUUUUGUGUUUUGACUAUAGCACACUUCUUGUGCAUACCAUUCACAGUCCGUCCAUCCUAUUUCAGAUGAUAUACCUAUUUACUGUUAGCAAUAUCAUGUUCAACCAUUAUAAACAAAAACGCUAAGAACAGUUGGCCGGUUACUACCUGUAAUUAUUGUUAAAAUAAAAAAAAUAUAUAACGAACAAUCAAAUAAUAUGACGGACUAUUGAUAAAAUUCCAUUCUCAAAACAAUUAUACAAGACAUUCCUCAUGUAUAUUUGGAUUAAUUUCUCUGUAAGGACUCACUUUACAUCUCACUCGUGAAAUGUUGAAAAUGUAGUCAAUAUCGAAUAUGACUAUUUGACAUUUUAAGAUGGUGUUCCAUGUUUGUUCUUCCAAGAUAGUUCAACCGUACCGAGCAAAACUAGUCAGUAACUAAAGUGUAAGAAUUAUUGCUCAUAUUUAUUUUUCAUACAACAUGUGUUUAAACUUUCCUAUUGGAUGAUAACUACUAAAAACAGUUUAAGUUUACGUUUUGUAUUUAUAUAUCUCGAAACCAGCAUUUUAUGUUUGCCUGUUUUAAAACUAUGUUUGUAUAUGUUUAU